GUGCGCAUGUGCCAUUGUAACUUCCUAAACCAUGUACUAGUAAAUAUUCUCGACGUUUCGUCACCAAAAAUGAAUUUAGACGACAUACUCCGGUCCUUUUUCGGCAUUCCUGGGAGAGAUCGAAAUGAUAACCGAAGCCCACUCUUUAGACCUUUGUAUGAAGAUGAUGAGGAGGAUGACUUUGAUGAGUUCCGUACCCACUUCCCAAGUUUUGGACAUGGAAGUGGAAUAUUUAGACAAUUUGAGGAUAUGUUUCGCCAAAUGGAGGAAGAAUUUCGAGGAAUGGGUAUUGACAGGCCUGGACCAGGAAUGAUGCCAGGUUUGCCGCCAGAUGCACCACAAAGGAGUCCAGGCCACCUCAGAGAUUAUAUGCUGAAACAACCAGAUGAAGACACAUCCAGAUUGAAUCCUACACCAUACAGUUCAGAGGAGAGGGAAGAUAAAGACUUAGAUGCUGAUGUGCGUUCUAAAGGAUUAGAUGCUGUUCUGAGAGGACUUCCGUCUUUUAAGGAACCUCCACAUCAAAGAGAUGAGGAGCCAAGAGUUACACCUAAUCAACCAUCUUUUAGAUCUUUUGGGUCAUCAUCUUCUUUUGUUACCAUAAGAGGGGCUGAUGGGAAAAUUGAACAAAGGAAGACGGUGAGAGACAGUGAGGGGAACGAGGAAACAACAGUCAUUAGGCAAAUUGGUGAUAAGACACAUACAAUUAUCACACACAGGGACAAAUAUGGGAGAGAACAAGUGCAGGAAGAUUACAAAAAUAUAGAAGGGAGUGAACUUCCAAACUUUGACUCUAAGUGGCAGGGCCAGGGAAGAAUGAAUGAAUCCAAUGACCCAAGAAACCAACUAAUCAAGCCUGAACAUGACAGUUCAAUGUUUGGUCGAGGCUUUUUAAGCAACAUUUUUGAAAAAUUCUAUUCCAAAUUCCCAUUUAAAAAGGAUGACAGAUAAGGAAAUGUAUUGAACUCGAUUAU